GUGUUGAGCAGUCUCCUCUAGAGCUUUGGAAGGCUGAAUGGACUGAACAUGAAGAGCUUGAAAGCCAAGUUCAGGAAGAGCGAUACCAAUGAGUGGAACAAGAAUGAUGACCGGCUGCUGCAGGCCGUGGAGAAUGGAGACGCGGAGAAGGUGGCAUCCCUGCUGGGCAAGAAGGGGGCCAGCGCCACCAAACAGGACAGCGAGGGCAAGACUGCGUUUCACCUCGCUGCUACCAAAGGACACUUGGAAUGCCUCAGGGUCAUGAUUGCGCACGGUGUGGAUGUGACAGCCCAAGACACCGCCGGUCACAGCGCUUUGCACCUCGCAGCCAAGAGCAGCCACCCUGAGUCCGUCAAGAAGCUCCUUCAGUCUAAGUGCCCAGCCGAAAGCAUUGACAGCUUGGGAAAAACAGCUUUACAUUACGCAGCGGCGCAGGGCUGCCUUCAAGCUGUGCAGGUUCUCUGUGAGCACAAAAGCCCCGUGAACCUCAAGGAUUUGGAUGGGAACGUACCGCUGCUCCAGGCAGUGCAAAAUGGCCACGGUGAGGUCUGUCGCUUCCUUCUGGAUCACGGAGCAGAUGUAAACUCCAGGGACAAAAAUGGAAGAACUGCUCUGAUGGUGGCCUGUGAGGUCGGCAGCUCCAAGGUCGUGGAAGCCUUAAUUAGCAAGGGCGCAGACCUAGCCCUUGUAGAUUCCCUGGGACACAAUGCCUUACAUUAUUCCAAACUCUCCGAAAAUGCAGGAAUCCAAAGCCUUUUGUUAUCAAAAAUCUCUCAGGAUGCUGAUUUAAAGACGCCAACAAAACCAAAGCAGUUGAGUGAUGUGUCUUCCCCAAGAUCAAUAACUUCCACACCAAUUUCGGGAAAGGAAUCAGCAUUUUUUUCUGAAGCACCCUUCAAGGCGGAGAUCAGUUCCAUACGGGAAAACAAAGACAGACUGAGCGACAGUACUGCAGGUGCUGAUAGCUUAUUGGAUAUCAGUUCUGAACCUGACCCACCAGAUAUUCUUGUCCUAUUACAAGCAAAAAUUGCAUCUCUUACUUUACACAAUAAGGAAUUACAAGACCAAUUACAGGCCAAGACAUCCAAGGAGGCAGAAGCUGACCUGAGCUUCGACUCGUAUCAUUCCACCCACACCGACGUGGCCCCGUCUCCGAGGAAACCCGGUGAAACCUCUCCCCCAGACUCCAGGUCCUCUCCGUCUGUCUUUACACAUUCCUUGAGUAAAUCCACUAUUGACAGCAACGUCCGAAUCCAACAACUGCAAGAGAUCUUGCAAGACCUGCAGAAGAGACUGGAGAGCUCCGAGGCGGAGAAGCAGCAGCUGCAGGCCGAGCUGCAGGCCAGGAGGGCAGAGCCCGUGCGCUUGAACAACGCCGACGUUUCCGAGAACGGCUCCGACCUCAGCCAGAAGCUUAAAGAAACCCAGAGCAAGUACGAGGAGGCGAUGAAAGAAGUCCUGAGUGUGCAGAAGCAGAUGAAGCUGGGCCUCGUGUCGCCCGAGGGCGUGGAUACUUCCUCCCACCUCCGGGAGCUGAGGCUCACCGAGGAGGAGGCCCGUGUGCUGAGGCAGGAUCUCCAGAACGCCUUGGAAGAAAGCGAAAGAAAUAAAGAGAAAGUGAGAGAGUUAGAGGAGAAGCUUGUAGAGAGGGAGAAAGGUGUGGUUCAGCCACCUGUCGACGAGUACGAGGAGAUGAAGAGUUCCUAUUGCUCUGUGAUUGAGAAUAUGAACAAGGAGAAGGCAUUUUUGUUCGAGAAGUACCAAGAGGCCCAAGAAGAAAUCAUGAAGUUAAAGGAGACGCUAAAAAUUCAGAUGACACAGGAGGCCGGUGACGACACUGGGGACAUGAAAGAGGCCAUGAACAGGAUGAUCGAUGAGCUCAACAAACAGGUCAGCGAGCUGUCCCAGCUGUACAAAGAAGCCCAGGCCGAGCUGGAGGAUUACCGGAAGAGGAAGUCUCUCGAAGACGUGACAGCUGAAUAUGUCCCUAAGGCAGAGCAUGAGAAACUGAUGCAGGUCACCAAUGUGUCCCGGGCCAAGGCCGAGGAGGCCCUGUCUGAAAUGAAGGCUCAGUAUUCGAAAGUGUUGAAUGAGCUGACUCAGCUCAAACAGCUGGUGGAUGCCCAGAAGGAGAACUCUGUCUCCAUCACGGAGCACCUGCAGGUGAUCACCACGCUGCGCACCACCGCCAAAGAGAUGGAGGGGAAGAUCGGCAGUCUUAAAGAGCACCUCGCCAGCAAGGACGCGGAGGUGGCCAGACUGGAGAAGCAGCUUCUGGAGGAGAAGGCUGCCGUGACCGAGGGGAUGGUGCCCAGGUCUGCCUAUGAGAAGCUCCAGUCAUCGUUAGAAAGUGAAGUGAGUGCGUUAGCAUCCAGAUUAAAGGAUUCUGUCAAAGAGAAAGAGAAGGCCCAUGCAGAGGUUGCCCAGAUUAGAAGUGAGGUCUCACAAAUGAAAAGGGAAAGGGAAACUAUUCAGAUGCUCUUGAAGUCCAAAGAGCAAGAAGUAAAUGAACUUCUGCAAAAAUGCCAGCAUGCUCAGGAGGAGUUGGCAGAAAUGAAGAGGUACUCGGAGAGCUCUUCGAAGCUGGAGGAGGAUAAAGACAAGAAGAUAAACGAGAUGUCGAAGGAAGUCACCAAGUUGAAGGAGGCCCUGAACAGCCUCUCGCAGCUGUCCUACUCAGCGAGCUCCUCCAAGAGGCAGAGCCAGCAGCUGGACGGGCUGCAGCAGCAGGUCAAGCAGCUCCAGACCCAGCUUGCUGAAUGCAAGAAACAGCACCAGGAGGUCAUAUCGGUUUACAGGAUGCAUCUUCUGUAUGCUGUGCAGGGCCAGAUGGAUGAAGAUGUCCAGAAAGUACUGAAACAAAUCCUUACCAUGUGUAAAAACCAGUCCCAGAAGAAGUGAAGUGGGUUCCUUGGCAGGACACUGCCCCUCGUUCAUGUCUGUCAGAGCUGGAGCUGUUGGCGACCACUGCCAUUGUUCUCAUUGUUCUCCUCCGUGCUGUGCACCGUGACCUAGCCUCGCUGCCUCCCUCUCCCAAGGCUCCUUCCUGAGGACUGGGCCCAGAGGAGACCACCCCCCUCGGAACUGCUCAGAGACUUGAAAGCAGCGGAGGUGAAAGGCGCUGUCAUCGCUUCUGAUGCCAGAGCUGGGAUCAGCCGUGCCCGGGGGCUGGCCCUGGUGCUGGGGAGCAGGCACCCUCUCGGUGCCUACCAGCUGUGUGGCUUUGCCAUCGCUGAGUGAUCUGUGGACACCUCCAUGUGGUCAGCGCAGCUCCAGUCCCUGCACUCUGGCCGUGGGUUCUGCCCAGGAGGGCUGUGUUCCCUUUGCCUUCCAGCCCGCAAACACGAUUUGACUUCUCACCAGUCCCUGCGGCGCUGGUUGCGCAGCACAACUGAGACCUUUAUCGGGAUGUCCUGUGGAUUUGAAAACUCAGCCCACUUCUCCCCACCUGCCUUAUUGAGAGUUCAUCACCAGCUUGUCGAUCUUAGUUGGAUGAGCGAGCACCAUUCACUAAAAGAGGAAGCUCAAAAACAAAAGCAAACUGCCCUUAAAAGUUUUUAAGUGAAUCCUUGACGAAUUGCAAAUUUUCUAUGCAAACUUGCCUUCUGCCGCGACCCGCGAAGCUCAGGAAAUCCAAACAUUUGUGUUUCAACAAGGGACGGUAAACUGAAUGUUUACAGCCAAAAGAAAUGCCUCAGAGUUCUGGACCUCAGUUUUUUAAAAGUGUUUUUUUUUUUUUCUCUACGAUAUUUUUAUUGGCUCUUAAAGAUGUUUUCCUAUCUAAACCCCUGAAGUAAGUGAAAUUUACAUUAGACUAUAUUAACAAAAUAUUUUUUAGGUAACCAUGCUUAAGACUUUUUAAAAAUAGGACUUUUUCCUCCAAGUUUUCAGCUAUAGCAAAAGGUAGUUAUGUAUUCUCAUUCGAAUAUGAGCUACCAGGCUCCCUCGAGUUUCUGCCACUACGUCCUCAGAACUAUAGCACAUUUCUUAAUGUAGCUAAUACUCUUUUUACCCAGCGAGUAAUCUUGAAAGCCUCGCUCUACCAGAACCCAUAAAUGAUCUCUGGAAGAACUGUUAAUAACAGUUUUUCAACUUUGAAACUAAAAAUCCCAAUACGGUAAACAUUAUGGUGCAUAGCAAAGGUCUUAGGGGAAAAUACUUCUGUUCACUUUACUUUCAGGUGAAAAAUGUUUCUGACUUGCUGGCAACUUCCCUCAGAGCAUUGAUCUUCCUGAGGGAUGUAAACAGAACACAAAUCUGCAAAGUAUAUAAUUAAGUGUAGGCCUGCUCUGACAGGGCCCGCGGACCGCAGGGCUGCCUGGGCUCAGAGGGAGCUUGGCUGUGUUGGAUGACGACCAACGACAGCAAAGCAAAAACAGCUUUCAAGCUUGGUGUUACUUUUCUUACGUUGUUUAUAGUUAAGUAAUUUCAAAAAUGCUCCAAAGAAAUGUGAAAGGACUUUUUGUCACUGCACUUAUUAAGAAAAUACAAAACAACCCCCUCCCGCUCCCGCACAGCAAUGCUGCAGAGUAUAAAACUUGAGAAAUUUUGUAGGAUGCUUGACAAAGUGUAGCCUUUUAUCUUGUUUCAGGAUGCGUAUUUAUUACAAGUACUCUGGUUAAAUAUUGAAACGUUAUAUGCUGUAGUUUAGUGUUUUGCCUUUGUAUAA